UAGACUCUACACUCUUUCUCGCAGUACUACCGUUACGCCAUUGAUUUGAAACACAGAGAAUCAAAACCCAAUGGCUCAAACCGUUUUCUCCUCUUCACUCUUUUCUCCUUCCUUCCCUCAUCGUCACCUCCCGAACCUCAACCUCCGAACCUCAUCCCUAACCUAUCCUCUUUCUUCUCCGAUUCACCGAACCACCACUUCCAUUGCUGCUGCUAACGUUUCCGUUGCUCCGAAUGUUGUUACCUCAGUUCAGUCUGUUCCUCAGCUUAUUGAAUCGUUGAUUAAUGGCGUUGAUUUGACGGAAGCUGAGGCUGAAUCGUGUCUUCACUUACUGUUGAAUGAAGCUAGUGAAGCUUUGAUUAGCGCUGUUCUUGUUCUUUUGAGAGCUAAAGGAGAAACUGUUGAAGAAGUUGCUGGUCUGGCGAAGGCUAUGAUGAAACAUGCUACAAAGGUUGAAGGUUUAGGUGAUGUGGUUGACAUUGUUGGUACGGGAGGGGAUGGUGCGAACACUGUUAACAUUUCAACGGGAGCUUCCAUUCUUGCUGCUGCUUGUGGUGUAAAAGUUGCCAAGCAAGGGAGCCGUUCGAGUUCUUCUGCAUGCGGAAGUGCUGACGUGUUAGAAGCAUUAGGAGUUGUGAUCGACUUAGGUCCCCAGGGGAUUAAAAAGUGUGUGAAUGACGUGGGAAUUGGGUUUAUGAUGUCUCCAAGGUAUCACCCUGCAAUGAAGGUUGUCAGGCCUAUAAGAAAGAAGCUCAAAGUAAGAACUAUAUUUAAUAUCUUGGGUCCGAUGUUAAAUCCAGCACAAGCGCCUUUUGCAGUUGUUGGUGUAUACAAAGAAGACUUGGUCUUCAAAAUGGCCAAAGUGCUUCAUAGAUUUGGUAUGAAAAGAGCUUUAGUUGUCCACUCUGAAGGCUUGGAUGAAAUUACUCCUAUUGGACCUGGUCUAGUGCUUGACGUUACUCCAGAAAGGAUUGAAAAAUUCUCAUUUGAUCCCUUGGAGUUUGGCAUUCCUAGGUGCAAAAUUGAAAGCUUAAAAGGUGGUGACCCAGAAUACAAUGCAGAGGUUCUCAAACGUGUUCUGGGUGGAGAGAAAGGACCUAUUGCAGAUGCUUUUAUUCUCAAUGCUGCUGCAGCUCUCAUGGUCAGUGGCUUUGUGAGGAACCUACAUGAAGGGGUUUCUUUGGCACGUGAAACACAACAAUCAGGAAAAGCUCUCAAGACUCUCAACUUGUGGAAGGAUAUCUCAAAUCAAAUAAAAGAUGAUGCCGCCAUAUAAUAUGCCUGAAUCAUAUUAUGUGAGAUAUGUUUGAGUUUUGUAAACUGGAUUCAUACAGGAAGGAGUCUGAUACUGAUACUGUACAUGUAUUUCCGAAUAGAUAUACACAGUAAUUUAAAUUAGUAUCAGCUGUAAAAGUGUUUUUGGUUGUAAAAGUAGUUAUCCUUCAGAACUGUGCAAAAUGUUACAUUCUUCUCUAGUUUGUUGGUAAAAUUAUACCUAAUAAGAUUAGGGAAUGUUGUAAUUGUGUUUUAAUUAUAGACAAUAAAAAUGGUUAUUUCAUUUCAGAA